AUGGACAUCAAUUCACUGCUUUCCCCGGACUCAAACCCGCAAUCUGGAAAUUCAACGCCCGUACCCGGCCCCCCGUCGAAUAACGCGCCAACUCCAAUUACGGCCCCAUCGUCUUCCCCCCACAAAGCUAUCCAGCGCGCACGGUCGGGUCCUGGUCGCAAAGGAAAGGUUUCCUCGCCUCUUGCGCAACAAGUGUAUGCGCCACCUUCCAUGGUCGAGUCUUCCUCGCCGGCUGCAAGCCCUUCUAUUGCCUCCAACCCUGGCGGUGGAAAUGGCGCAGCCAAUGUGACCGAACAACCACCCUCGAGACCACCACCGACCGGGAUGGAUACCUUGGCAGACUUGGCUUCAAUGCAGCACCAUCAGCCGCCACCUGGCAGGAAUGCCCCCUCCAUGCUGCGGAAUACCGAGUCGUAUCAAAGUCAACUCUCUCCCUCCACUAUUCACCCUCAUGUGAAUACUAUCAAUCAUAACACGCCAGCCGCCCGUACAUCCUUCGAUAUCGCAAUGUCAGAGGGCCCGCGGGCAAGCGCGCGGAAGAAUUACAUACAAACAUCGCUGGAGCCGGACGCGCAGCACUCGGCGACCACUUUGUUCAAUCAAAUACAGGAAAAUCCCCACACCUACGAAGCGCACGUCCAGUUCAUCGGGUUGUUGCAUGCGGGCUUUGUAAACCACGUGUACCCACCCAAUAACCCGGAUAUCCAUGGCGACCCGCGGCGAUACGAUCUCCUGAAAGACUUGCGAACUGCUCGGGAGGAAAUGGAUAAGCUCUUCGCGAUGGGUGAGGAUCUUUGGGCCGAAUGGAUCCAGGACGAAAGCAUGCUUGCUCAUUCAGUAACGGAGCGUAUUGCCGUGAUGGAGCUUUGCCAACGAUCGGUCGAAGAAGAAUUUGGCAGCACACAGCUCUGGCAUAUCUAUGGUGAAUGGGUACUCUAUCUUUACAACUCUGCGGCUGGUGAAGGUGGAGCUGGCCAGUGGACUGAAGAAGACCGAUUGGUUGGGCGUGAAGUUUUCAGCUGGCAGUCGGUCUUGGAUGUGUGGCAACGGGCUGCGGAAGCCACUCGGACCUCUCGCGAGCUCCCCUCGCAAGAAAAGAUCAAUCAUCUUCGGGGCCUGUACGAUGUUCGACUGCAGACGCCUCACGCGACCUGGGAUCAGACAUUCCAGGCCUUCUCGAGUUUCAUUUCUUCCUACUUUGAAUCCAACUACGAAGAAAUCAUGUCCAAAACAGUUGCUCAGGGAUCAAAAGCGAAGAACCUUUAUAACUCUCGUGAAGAACAUGAGCUUCGAUUGAGCAAGGCGCAGGAAUCUGGAGAUAAGACUCUUGAGUGGACAGCUUAUACCGAGUACAUCGACUGGGAAUUGAGUCGCAACCGUCGACGUGAUUACAACUUCGAACUCGCAAACGCUAUCUACCAGCGCGCUGUUUUACAUUUCCCAACCGAUGUUUCUCUGUGGGAAGAUUAUGUCAUGUUCCUCAUCGGCGAAUCCAUGCAUAAUCACGUCUCCACGACGACGAUUGCCACUCUGGAGAGGGCAACUCGGCAUUGCCCUUGGUCUGGUAAUCUCUGGUCUCAGUACCUUUUGAGCUCAGAACGUGAGGGCCAGUCAUUCUCCAAGAUCUCGAAUAUUAAACACAAGGCUACUAGCACUGGGCUUCUUGAUGCCGGAGGCAUGGAAGAGGUUCUCAAAGUUCAUGUCACUUGGUGCAGCUACCUUCGUCGACGUGCUUUCCUCUCCGAGGCUACCGACGAGGAUCUCGAUGUGGCAGAGGUCGGCAUUCGCUCGGCGAUUGAGAGUGUACAAGAGCUAGGUGAGAAGAAGUACGGUCGCUCAUACCAGGGCGAUCCUCUCUUCCGCUUGGAGCGCAUUUACAUUCGAUACCUCAGCGAAAGUGGCAGCUGGGAUAGCGCACGUGAGACCUUCAAAGGUCUUGUUCCUCGCCGCGGCAACAGUUACGAAUUCUGGCUCACAUACUAUGGCUGGGAACUCAUCUCAUGGAGCAAAUUUGUUCAAGGCGAGGCGACAGUGGACGCCGCAAGGCGGACACCCAACCCAAGCUAUGCUACUGCAGUUUUGAAGCAAGCCAUCAAGCGCCAAGAUCUUGACUGGCCGGAGAAGAUUGUGCAGACUUACAUCGCCCACUGUGAGGACUAUGAGGACUCGGACGAGCUGCAACUUGCGGUCAUUGAGACCCGAAAGGCCAUGAGAGCUGUUACCGCCCGAAGGGAACUAGAAGCACGUGAAGCUGCUGCGGCUCAACAACAGCAGCAGCAGCAGCAGCAACAGCAACAGUGGGAGGCCGCUGCUGCCGAGGCGUCCACGUCGGAGAAGAGAAAACGUGAGGAUGAUGCGAAUGGCGAGCCCACUAGCAAGAAAGCUCGCGGGGAAGAGACGGCCAACAAUGAAGAGGAGGAGCCGGCGGGGCCUAGUCGUGAUCGCGAGAAUGCAACGGUGGUGGUCAAGAAUUUGCCGCACGAGACGUCCGAGCACCAGGUCCGACAAUUCUUCCGACACAUCGGCACAAUCAAUGGCGUUAAAAUGAUACGCGGUGAAGAUGAGAAAUCAGAGGUCGCAGUCAUUGAGUUCGAAACACAAGAAGAAGCUCUUAGUGCCCAGACUCGGGAUCAAAAAGACUUCCAUGGAAAUACCAUUGAAGUACAGAUUGCUACCGACACCACCUUGUAUGUCACGAAUUUCCCCCCGACUGCUGAUGAGGAGUACAUUCGUAAUCUCUUCAGUAAGUACGGCGAAGUUCUUGAAGUACGCUUCCCAUCGCUCAAGUAUCAAACCAAACGACGGUUCUGUUACGUGCAAUUUGCCACUUCCAGUGCCGCACACCAGGCUACCGAACUUGACGGCACAACUACUGAGAAAGGCUUCAAACUCGUUGCUAAGAUCUCGGACCCUUCUCAAAAGCAGGAUCGCUCUGGAGCCAUGCAGGAAGGACGUGAGAUUUUCUGCAAGAACAUUGACUUUAAGCUAAGCGAGAAGGAGGUGCGGGAGGCAUUUACAAAAUUCGGCACGAUCGAGAAGCUCCAUAUGCCAAUCAAUGUCGAUGGCGGUCGUAGAGGGUUUUGCUUCAUAACCUUCUCCACAAAAGAAGAAGCUGAGGCUGCUCUCGUGAUGAAUGAAGAGAUGCUCGGAUCGCGUCGUUUACAAGUCAACCCCAGCGGGCAGACCGGUGCCAAGCGCAUUGCGAGCACCAUCAUAUCGCGAGUUCGCACAUCGGCCUCGCCAUCUGCAGAGGGUAAUGGCGAUGGCUCGGAUGCUGUGGAAACGACUGGCGACCGUGGUAAUCGUACGCUCGGCUUGAUGAACAUUCCGGACACGGUCAACGACGCUCGAAUCCGCGCCCUGGUGGAGCCAUUUGGACAAUUAAUCAAGAUCGUUCUGCGACCGGACCAUCAAGGCGCCAUCGUGGAGUUUGCCGACGUCCUUGAUGCUGGAAAAGCAUCGCUGGCUCUCGAAGGCAGAGAAAUUGUCCCAGGCCGUCCCCUUCGCGUCGGAAGUGUUGCUGAGUUGAAAACGCUCCAUGCUGAGCGCAAGACGGACCGGAUCACGUCGAUCAAGCAUGAGAAGCCGAAGGCUAAUCUCCAACCUGCGGGUCCGAUCAGGCGCCCUCAGCAGCCCGGUGCCCGUGGAGGCCGCCGAGGUGGACUUGGUCUAAAACGAACUAGUGCUCCCGGCGGACCGGCGGACAAAGCGACUCCUGACAGCGACAAGAUGGAUACCACCGUCGACGGCAAGGACGGCGAUGCUGGCAAGUCCAAAAAGAGCAAUGAUGAUUUCCGUGCGAUGCUGCAGCAGAACCGCACGGCGUGA